AUGGAUGUCUUCGGUGGAAACGAUGAGGAGAGCGCAGAGCUGCGAAAGCUUCUGGCGGAACUGGAUGACGAUCCAGACAACUUCGAGAUCUGGGAGAAACUCGUUCGCACCGCGGAAUCCCUGGAGGGAGGGAUCAACAGAAACUCGAGCUCUCAUGCCAUAACAGCUGUACGGGGUAUCUACGAUCGGUUCUUGAGCAAGUUCCCCCUCUUCUUCGGAUACUGGAAGAAAUAUGCCGACCUCGAGUUCUCCAUUGCGGGCACAGAGGCAGCGGAAAUGGUUUAUGAACGAGGUGUCGCGAGCAUCACAAACUCGGUAGAUCUUUGGACGAAUUACUGCUCUUUCAAGACCGAAACCAGCCAUGAAGCCGACAUCAUACGAGAACUGUUUGAGCGAGGUGCUGCCUGUGUGGGCCUGGACUUUCUAGCCCACCCAUUCUGGGACAAGUAUAUUGAGUUCGAGGAACGGAUGGAGUCACACGACCGGAUAUUUACCAUUUUGGGCCGGAUCAUUCAUAUUCCUAUGCACCAGUAUGCUCGAUACUUUGAGAAGUAUCGACAAUGGGCUCAGUCGCGCCCACUGACUGCAAUUGCUCCUCCUGGUACUCUUACUCAGCUGCAGAUGGAAAUCGAGAAUGAUGGUGCCGGAUACAAAGCUGGUCGAUCUCAAACCGAAGUUGAGAGAGAGCUCCGAUCCCGCAUUGAUAAUUACCACCUCGAAAUCUUCCGACGGACCCAGAACGAAACCACGAAGAGAUGGACUUAUGAGUCUGAGAUCAAGCGGCCAUAUUUCCACGUUACCGACCUGGAUGAAGCCCAAGUCACCAAUUGGCGCAAAUACCUCGAUUUCGAGGAGGGCGAAGGCGACUACACCCGCAUCCAAUUCUUGUAUGAGCGAUGUUUGGUCACUUGCGCCCAACACGAAGAGUUCUGGUUGCGGUAUGCUAGGUGGAUGUUGGCCCAACCAGGGAAGGAGGAAGAAGUUCGGAACAUCUAUCAGAGAGCAUCAUGCUUCUUUGUGCCUAUCGCCCUUCCCCAGACUCGACUCCAGUAUGCCUACUUUGAAGAGAUGACCGGCCGUGUCGAUGUGGCCAAGGACAUUCACGAAGCAAUCUUGGUGAACCUCCCGGGCCAUGUAGAGACGAUUGUCUCCUUGGCAAAUUGCACCCGUCGCCACUCUGGUCUAGAUGCAGCUGUUGCGGUCUAUCAAUCUCAAAUUGAAUCACAGAUUGACACCUCAGCCAAAGCAGCCCUGGUUGCCGAGUGGGCCAAGACGUUGUGGAAGCUCAAAGGGUCUGCCGAUGAAGCUCGACAACUGUUCCAGAAGAACCGGCAGUUCUACCAACAAAGCCCAGAAUUCUGGACAGCUUACUUGCGAUUCGAAAUCGAUCAACCCGCCAUCGACGGCUCUGAACAGACUCAACAUGACGAGAUCAGGCAGGUUAUUGACGGACUCAUGACCCAGAGCGCUUUGCCUGAAGCGACGGUGCAGGAGUUGGUGGCAAUAUACAUGAAAUACCUUCUUGACCGAGGCACGAAAGACGCCGCGAAAGAGUAUAUGAACCUUGAUCGAGAGAUCAAUGGGCCUGUGUCUGUGCAGAGAUUAUCAAAGACCCACGCCGCAAUUGAUCCCAUCAAGGCUGCUGCGUUAGCCAAUGGACAGGUGAGUUAUCUUUCAGAAAGGCUGUCAUAG